AAACGACACAUAUGAAUGUAUAUAGGGAACAAGAGUUUCCAUACUCAUAGUGCUCAUUAGAAUAGCACGGAUCGUGUUUCGCCUCUCGCCUUGUUAACCGAAUCUGCCCCCGUGUGCCCCGGCUGCUUGUGUUGUGUCACACAAGACUAACGCCCUCUUAUCCUUUCCAUUCUCUUAAAAUCCAUUUCUAGAGUUGAAAACUUUAUUUUUAUUCAAUACUCAAAUCAUGGUACCGAAACCCCCUUCAAUAAUUCGACACAUGUUCUCGGUGCUUGCACUUGCUAUACAGAUACUUGCAAAUGUCAAUGUGGUUGCACAGACAACGGAAGCCGUCGACCUCGCUCCACCUCCAAAAGUUCGACAAAUCCGAAUACCCGGAGAUAUAUUAAUCGGUGGCGUCUUUCCAGUUCAUUCAAAGUCAUUAAACGGCGAUGAGCCAUGUGGCGAAAUAGCCGAAACCAGGGGUGUGCAUCGAGUGGAAGCAAUGCUCUAUGCGCUCGACCAGAUUAACUCUCAAAACGACUUUCUUCGCGGGUACAAAUUGGGUGCACUUAUUCUUGAUUCAUGCUCAAAUCCAGCAUAUGCGCUAAACCAGAGUUUAGAUUUUGUGAGAGAUAUGAUUGGAUCCUCAGAAGCUUCUGAUUAUGUUUGUCUGGAUGGGAGCGAUCCAAAUCUCAAGAAACAAUCACAAAAGAAGAAUGUAGCAGCAGUAGUAGGUGGUAGUUAUAGUUCUGUGUCUGUACAAUUAGCAAACCUAUUGCGACUGUUUCGAAUAGCACAAGUUAGCCCUGCAAGUACUAAUGCAGACUUGUCGGAUAAAAACCGAUUUGAAUAUUUUGCAAGAACAGUACCUUCUGAUGAUUAUCAGGCUAUGGCAAUGGUCGAAAUCGCUGUUAAAUUCAAAUGGAGUUAUGUUUCCCUUGUUUACUCGGCAGAUGAAUACGGAGAAUUGGGUGCUGACGCUUUCAAAAAAGAAGCAAGAAAGAAAGGAAUCUGCAUCGCACUAGAAGAACGAAUACAAAAUAAAAAAGAAAGUUUCACGGAGUCAAUCAACAAUUUGGUUCAAAAACUUCAACCCGAGAAAAAUGUUGGAGCAACGGUGGUGGUUCUGUUUGUAGGAACAGAAUACAUCCCAGACAUAUUGCGAUACACGGCAGAAAGGAUGAAGUUGACGUCCGGCGCAAAGAAGCGUAUCAUUUGGCUUGCAUCAGAGUCGUGGGAUAGAAACAAUGACAAGUAUACCGCAGGAGACAAUCGGCUAGCAGCUCAAGGAGCUAUAGUUUUGAUGUUGGCAUCACAGAAAGUUCCGUCAUUUGAAGAGUAUUUUAUGAGUUUGCAUCCUGGUACAGAAGCGUUCGAAAGAAAUAAAUGGUUAAGGGAGUUGUGGCAAGUAAAGUACAAAUGUGAAUUUGAUACUCCGCCUGGGUCAACGGCAUCAAGGUGCGAGGAUAUCAAACAAUCCACCGAAGGCUUCAAUGCAGAUGACAAGGUUCAAUUUGUAAUUGAUGCAGUCUAUGCCAUUGCUCAUGGGCUCCAAUCUAUGAAACAAGCGAUAUGUCCAGAUGAUGCUAUCGAAAAUCACUGGAUUUCUCGGUACAGCAAGCAACCUGAAAUAUGCCACGCCAUGCAAAACAUUGAUGGAAGUGACUUUUAUCAAAAUUAUUUGCUCAAAGUUAACUUUACAGAUAUUGUUGGAAAAAGGUUUCGUUUUUCACCACAAGGAGAUGGUCCAGCUAGUUACACAAUUUUGACAUAUAAGCCAAAAUCCAUGGAUAAAAAGCGGAGGAUGACAGAUGACGAGAGCUCGCCAUCUGAUUAUGUAGAAAUUGGACACUGGAGUGAGAACAACUUGACCAUUUAUGAGAAAAACUUAUGGUGGGAUCCUGAUCAUACACCAGUCUCCGUUUGUUCUUUGCCCUGUAAAAUCGGGUUCAGAAAACAGUUGAUAAAGGAUGAACAAUGUUGUUGGGCAUGCAGCAAAUGUGAAGACUACGAAUAUCUCAUCAAUGAAACUCAUUGUGUAGGGUGUGAACAGGGAUGGUGGCCAACAAAGGAUAGGAAAGGAUGUUUUGAUCUAUCUCUUUCCCAGUUAAAAUAUAUGAGAUGGAGGUCGAUGUACUCGUUGGUUCCAACCAUUUUAGCAGUGUUUGGAAUUAUUGCCACACUCUUUGUGAUAGUGGUGUAUGUGAUAUAUAAUGAAACCCCUGUCGUUAAAGCUUCGGGGCGAGAGCUAAGCUACAUUUUGCUUAUUUCCAUGAUUAUGUGUUACUGCAUGACAUUUGUUCUUCUAUCAAAACCAAGUGCAAUUGUAUGUGCUAUCAAACGAACAGGAAUUGGAUUCGCAUUUUCUUGUCUAUACUCUGCAAUGUUUGUAAAAACCAAUAGAAUUUUCCGCAUCUUCAGCACAAGAUCUGCUCAACGACCAAGAUUCAUAUCUCCCAUCUCUCAGGUUGUCAUGACUGCAAUGCUAGCCGGAGUACAAUUGAUCGGAAGUCUUAUUUGGCUGUCAGUAGUGCCACCAGGUUGGAGACACCACUACCCCACCAGGGACCAGGUGGUUUUAACUUGUAAUGUUCCUGACCAUCACUUUUUGUAUUCAUUGGCUUAUGAUGGUUUCCUGAUUGUGCUUUGUACAACGUAUGCUGUAAAAACUAGAAAAGUGCCCGAAAAUUUCAACGAGACAAAAUUCAUCGGCUUCUCCAUGUACACGACAUGUGUUGUUUGGCUCAGUUGGAUUUUCUUUUUUUUUGGAACCGGAAGUGAUUUCCAAAUUCAAACAUCAUCUCUUUGUAUUUCAAUUUCCAUGUCAGCCAAUGUGGCAUUAGCAUGCAUAUUUUCACCAAAGCUUUGGAUCAUUUUGUUUGAAAAACACAAAAACGUCCGAAAGCAGGAAGGUGAAAGUAUGCUUAACAAAAGUAGCAGAUCAUUAGGAAACUGUAGUUCCCGAUUAUGUGCCAAUAGCAUCGACGAGCCAAAUCAGUACACCGCUUUGCUCACUGACAGUACACGAAGACGAUCAUCACGCAAGACAUCUCAGCCAACGAGCACCAGCUCUGCUCACGAUACUUUCUUAUGAAUGAUAUCCAUUAAUUUAUUGUGCAUAUGUAUCAAUAUACCUGAUAACGAAAAUUGUUUAUCGAUAAUUCUUUCUUUUGAUACGGAAUGAAUGAACUAUUCGGACGAACACG